GCCGUUUAAGCUCUUGUCUGUCAUCCAUAGUUCAGUAGCUGGUUACGUGGAAUCUGCCUUCCUGCACCAUUUUCCAGUUCCAGCUCAAUCGGGAGUGCGCAAUUCUGAGUGAGAAUAGUAAAGAGGCGGGAGAGGACUCAGUGUAGGACAAAUUCAUUGGAUUCGACCACAGAAAAGAUCAGCGAACAUGUUCCUCUUCGAUUGGAUGACAGGUGUACUCGGCUACCUAGGUCUCUGGAAAAAAUCCGGGAAGCUAUUAUUUCUAGGGUUGGACAAUGCCGGUAAAACCACCCUACUUCACAUGCUCAAGGAUGACCGAAUGGCUCAACACGUGCCCACGUUGCAUCCAACAAGCGAAGAGCUUUCAAUAGGGAACGUUUGUUUCACAACCUUUGAUCUCGGAGGGCAUCUGCAGGCUCGUCGCGUAUGGAGGGAUUACUUUCCCGCCGUAGAUGCGAUUGUAUUCCUCAUUGACGCAUCCGACAGAGAGCGAUUCCUUGAGGGCAAAGAAGAGUUGGACCAUCUGUUGAUGGACGAGCAGCUGGCACACUGUCCUGUGCUCAUUCUCGGCAACAAAAUCGACAAGCCAGGAGCAGCAUCGGAGGAUGAGCUUCGACAUGCAUUCAACCUCUACUCAGUGACCACGGGCAAGGGUCAGCGACCGUCGGAAGGAGUUCGCCCCUUGGAAUUGUACAUGUGCUCUGUCCUCAAGCGACAGGGAUAUGGGGAGGGAUUCCGUUGGAUUUCGCAGUUCCUCUAAACAGCUGCACCAAACUCAUGCGACCAGCUGAUCGACAUAGAUUGAUACGAGAAGCCGGUGACAUCAGAAACCUACAUCAACAUCCGACGGCCACUUUUCCGCACAUCAAAACAUCGCUUUUUGGAUGUCGGCCCCCUCCCAAACUUUUGCAAAAAAAAGGAACUGCGCCCUGGUCGUCUGCUGCCAGGAGAGGAGCAUUGGAAGUGAAAUGAAGCAGCGCAUAGCCCGUGAUUGAUGAUUUUGGAAAGAAUAAAUGGAGCAAAUUUUA